CGCAACGCAUCCAGCCUGCCGGAAAUUUAUAAGAAGAAGAAGUUUCCGGUCGUCACUGUCGAACCUUAUCCCCGGCGUGAGCACAGAGCUGUCUCUCUGUAAAAAAAAAAAGAUCUGCUCUAAGUUCUGAAACAUUCCAGGGUGUCCUCCACUCUCCAUGUUUGAUCCCUAAUGGGCUGCUGGUCUCGCAGCGCUGUGCUGGAGCUCUAUAGGGCACUGCUCCGUGCAGGACGUCACCUUCAGUACACUGAUCGGGAUUACUAUCGUCAGGCUGUAGCUUGUGAGUUUCGCCACAGCCGUGCCUUGACGGUGCCUAAAGAUAAGGAGGACGCACUGAAAAGGGGUCAGUACUUCCUCAGCAGUAGACUGGGUGGGCUCAUGUAGAAGGAAGGGAUCGCAGGCCAUUUGGAGGUGGUUUACAGGUCCUCUUGAGGUGCAUCUCCCAGGUGGGUCUACAAAUACAAAAUACUGUCAGCAGUAUAAAGUUUUGAACCUGACAUUCUUUGUAGGGUGAGGUGGAAAAUUCAGUUUUGUAUGACAGGCUCUAAAUAAGCUAUAUUGGAUGGUGGUGGUGAUUGAUUUUCCGUCUUUUGCUGUGAUAUACAGUCAUCUCUGACUGAGAGGUUGAAUUGUGUGCAUAGUUGGCCUACUUAAAAUCUGCUUACCAAACAUACAGUGCCUAUAUUUUAUACCACACUUGGAAGUUUUCACUUGUGAUUGUUUUUAACAGUGAAUCAUAGAUGUCAUUAUUUCAUACAAACAGUGAAAUGAUGAUCAUCAGAGUGCAAUAAAUACAGUGCUGUGUAAAAGCAUUUCCUGAUAUAUUCUUUUUUUACACAUUUCUAACACUUAAAUGUUCCAGAUCAUCAAACUAAUAUUCAUGUUUAUUUAAUGAUGAUGACAACUUAUCGAAGAUUUAUUGAAAACUUAUAUCACCCCUGUUAAAAAGAAAUUGCGCCCAACCCCCCACCCUCCACUGCCCUUUUAUGGUCUUGUCACAGCAUCCCAAUUGGAUUCAAGUCUGUAUGUGGACUUGGCCACUCCAAAACAUAAUCUUGUUCUUUUUAAUCCAUUCAGAGGUGGACUUGCUUGUGUGCUUUGGGUCAUUGCUACAGAACCAAUUUGCGCUUGAUCUUUAAGUCGUGAACUGAUGGGCAGAUAUUCCCCAGGAGGAUUCGAGAAUAGAAUUCAUGGCUCCAUCAAUUAUAACAAGUUCAAGUUGUCCAGGUCACGUGGAAGCAAAGCAGCCUCAGAUCAUCACACUAUCACCCCCAUGUUUCACUGUUGGUAUGAUGUUCUUCUGUGGAAUGCAGCAUUUACUUUACACCAGAUGUAACAGACCCCUGUCUUCCAAAAAGUUCUACCUUUGUCUCAUCAGUCCACAGGAUGUUAUUCCAAAAGUCUUGGAGCUCAUCCACAUAUACUUUUUUGCAAAUGCCAGAUGAGCCUUUAUGUUCUUUUUGGUCGGUUGGGUCACACGCCUUGCAACUCUCCCAUGGGUGCCAUUUUUGCCCAGUGUCUUCCUUAUUGUGGAAACAUUUACACUGAUCUUAACUGAGGCCUGUGUGGGCUGCAGUUCUUCUGAUGUUUGCCUGGGAUCUUUGUGACCUCCUAGAUGAGAUGUCAAUGGGCUCUUGGAGAAAUUUUGGUUGGCCUGCACCUGGGAACGUUCACCACUCUUUCAUGUUUUCUCUAUUUGUGCAUAAUGUCUCUCACUGUGGUUAGCUGAUAUCCCAGAGUCGAGCAUGGCAAUGGCUUUUCAUUCUUUUCCAGACAGAUGAAUGCCAAUGACAGUGUUUUGCAUAUGUUCUUGAAUCUGUUUUGAAUGUUGCAUCAUGUGCUACUUUUUGAGACCCUUUAGCUACUUCAGAAUAUCAGACAAGCUUUAUUUACGUGAUGUUUAGAUUCAGUAAGCCUGGCAAUCGUACAUGGUGUGACUGGUGGAAUUGAACCCAGCUGUCAAAUGAAUUUGGUCAUUUGGUAGACUGGUUGCUCAGGUAGCAGUUACUUUUUCACAUAGGGCAAGGUGGGGCUGACAACAUUUUUCCUUCAAUAAAUGAAAUCGUCAUGUAAAAACUG